AUGCAGGGUCACACAUUAACUUUUCAAGAUCAUAAUGGUAUUAUUUUCUAUUCUAAUCCUUAUAACGAACUUCAAAGCGUUAAUACUUUUCAAGAAAUCAUGCCCUUCGUUUAUCAAACCCAUACUGAUACUGGCUAUGUUAUGCAAAAAUAUGAAUGUUUUUCAUAA